AUGGGAUCGAGCCGUAGCUACCAUGUGUUGAUGGGAGGUGAAGAGCAGUCAUUCAAUGGUUCAUCUCAUCGGCGAACCAGGUCAGACUACCAGCCACCAACCAUGGAGUUUUUGGAGCAGCGGACCAAUAUGGAAUUUCACCGAUAUGACAGCUUGAGAAAACGUUCAGUGAACCCUCCGUCAAUCGCUGGUGGCUCAAAUUUCGAUACAUAUCCUCGCCAAAUGGGCAAGCAGUUGAACAAUUAA